AGAGACAUUGCUUUUAUUUUGAAACUCUGCAUUAACGCCAUUGGACUUUGCGGGAUUUUGGACUGUUUUGUUUUUGUUUGUGACCGUUGAACGCACAAGAAGAUUAUUUGACGGUUUAACCAGGUGACCAGAGUGUCAUCAUGUUGAGAUGUCUUCAUUAGUGGCCUACGAGGAUUCAGAGUCAGAGGAUGAAUCUCUUGAGCAAACCAAGGAGGGACCGCCAGCUGCUGUCCAAACUGGAUUUUGUGAACAAAACCAAGAGGUCAGAGUGUGUAAUUCCUCAGAGGUAACACUAAGCACUCACAGCUUCACACCUGACCCUGGGUCAGUGUUGGGACAUCAUGGAAGUAGCAGUUCUGCACCACAGCUGCACUCACAGCUGCACAGCUGUUUUGAUUGGGAAAGAAAAUAUUACAGUGAUGUUAGAGCACAAGAGAAACAAUUUAGAUACACCACAGAUCCACUGAGUUCACAUGCAACUCAGGGAAAAAUCUCAGCACCGCAGACUCUUCCUCACAAGGCAAGCUUCAGCGAUGGGUUAAAACCAGAAAAAAGGCAUCACUCCGUCCCGUCUGUUGUCAGACCGUACAUCCCCAAGAGACAGAGACUUGCUACUUCAGUAGAGACUGCGGACCCAAAGUACUCAGCAGAACAAGUCCCAGGGAAUCAGACCAGGGCGAGCCAAAUUCUGUCAGAAGUGUCACCGAGAGUAAAGCCGUAUCUUGCGCACAAGCCCGGUGCCGCAGGGAUACCAAGGAGGCUUCUGAUGAGUCUGGGAGGCCACCAGGGUCCGGUCAACACAGUGCAAUGGUGUCCCGUGCCUCAUCUCAGUCAUCUGCUGCUGUCUGCGUCCAUGGACAAGACUUUCAAGGUGUGGGAUGGAGCAGAGAGCGGGCGAUGCCUGAGGGUUUACACCUGCCAUUCGGGAGCCGUGCGCGAUGCCUGUUGGACCCCCUGUGGGCGACACCUUCUCACCGGCUCGUUUGAUAACUCUGCUGUGAUCACAGACGUGGAGACAGGGCAGCAGGUGGUGAAAUUGGACAACCAGUUCAAGGUGAUGUGUGUGGUCCUGCAUCCCAGCAACCCAGAGGUAUUCCUGUGUGGAGGCUACAGUUCAGUGGUCAAGGCCUGGGACUCUCGCAGCUGCAAGGUGGUUAAGGCGUACAAAGCAGGGAUCCAGCAGACCUUGGACAUCCUGUUUCUAAGAGGUGGUGUGAACUUCAUAACAAGCUCCGACUGCGUGAGCAGAGACUCUGCGGACCGCACCCUCGUGGCAUGGGACUACGAGACCACCGCCAAGGUCUCCAACCAGAUCUACCAAGAGCGCUACACAUGCCCAAGCCUCGCUCUACACCCCCUGGAGGAGUCAUUUGUCGCCCAGACCAAUGGGAACUACGUGGCAGUGUUCUCCUCCCAGCAGCCCUAUAGGAUGAACAAGAGGCGGCGAUACGAAGGACACAAGGUGGAGGGAUACGCCGUGCAGUGCGAGUUCUCUCUGGAUGGAACUAUCCUCGCCUCAGGAAGCUCCACCGGCUCCGCUCACUUCUAUGAUUACCACAACGCUCGUUCGCUGCACACCCUCCACGCGCACAACCACCCCUGCCUGGGUGUGUCCCAGCAUCCUGUCCUCCCUGCAACUGCGGCCACCUGCGACUGGGCUGGUGAGAUUAAGGUGUGGCACUAAGGACAGUGAAUGGACAAGUAAAUAAAAGUUAUAGUAGAUGUACAAUAGCAGGCUGGAUGAAUUAAACAGGACUAUAUUUAACUGAAAUCUCAUAUGCACAUCCGUCUUCAAGACUUUUAUCUCCCAUAAUCACUUGGCAUAAGAUGAUAAGCACUUGGCGAAAAAAGCUGGAAGUCAGCCAAUGAUCUAUCCAUGAAACCUUUUCUUUAUUGUUUUAAAAACCACCCACAUCUUCUUGUCUUUCCAUGGAAAUGAACAUAAACUGGCACAAGAACAACAGUCACUAUUGUAUAAUUAAAUCUUACUGUAAGUAUGUU